AUGGCGGAAGCGUGGAAUUUGACCGUGGAAAAGAUGGAACAUCAAAAGUGGAAAUUACCGGUUGCAUUGAAGAUCCGGAAAGCUUACAGACGCAUCAAUGGUCUUGUUGGUGCUUAUAAUUAUUACUGCCAUGUGGACCUCAUUAAGAAGUUCGAGUGGGUCCGGUUACUUUCGAGUCUAGUGUUUAUGGAUAAUGAGAUGUCCUAUGUCCAUGGAGGUGGAAUACCACCUCCAUCUGGUUGGUCCACUGGGUUUACUCAAACUAAUGACCCGUCUGAUGAUAUUCCUGAACAACAAUCGAGUUCGACGUUACCCCUAUUGGUUCCUGCUCCUAAUUUCGUCCCUGAGCCCUGCAUUCUUGGGCAGGGUGGAGGGGAAACUGACAGUAGCCAGUUUGGCCCUGACAUUAGCCAUGACCUGUUUAGGAAUCUCGGCCUUCGAGGCGCCCAUUCGAAAAUUCUGACCUGUCCCGACAAUGGCAUUAACUUCGAUGGUGAUUCGGGCAUUCUGGGUGGCGGUUGUGAGCCAUUCUUUUCUGAUGAGGACAAGGAGCCCGACUUGUAUGGCAUAUACGUGGAUAUGGAUAGACUUAAUAGCUCGUCUGCUGCGCCACCUUUGUUUCAGGUGGGAGAACCAUCCUCUGUGGCUGUUGCUGUUCUGCCUUCUCCUCUUCCUCCUCCUUCUGCUGUUGCUGCGCCGUUAGUUGCAGCUACAGGACCGGCAUUGGGGCAUGGGUCGGGUUAUGCUGAGAGUUCAGCUGGCGAGAGGCCCAGGAUGAGGCACCAACACAGUCAGUCCGUGGAUGGGUCGACGAUUAUCAACCCCCAAAUGCUCGCUUCGAGCCCUGAGGGGCCCUCAAGAGUGGAGAGAAAGAAGGCUCUUUCUGCUGCUCAGCUAACCGAGUUGGCCUUGGUCGACUCGAGGCGUGCCAAGAGGAUCUUGUUGAACAGGCAGUCGGCUACGAGGUCGAAGGAGCGAAAGUUGCGUUGCACUGCGGAGCUCGAAAGAAAGGUGCAAACCUUGCAGACACAGGCCACAGCACUAACUUCUCAAUUGGCCCUCUUGCAGAAAGAGACAACUGGUCUGAACACCGAAAACCAUGAGCUCAAGUAUCGGCUGCAGACUAUGGAGCAACGGGUUCAAUUACAAGAUGCAUUGAACAACGUGCUGGAGGACGAGAUCAAACAUAUGAAGGUGCUGACUGGCCAGGUCAUGCCCAACGGUGCACCAGCCAUGGUGCCUUUAGCUCCUUUCGCACCGCGCCCUAUGUUUUAUCCUCGUAACAACAGUGACCUGCGCCCUCUUAUCGCUGCGCAGCAGCUCCAGCAGCUGCAGAUUCAACCGCCAGAGCCGCAACAUCCCUUUCAGGUUCAGCAUCAGCAGCUACCUCUUCAACUGCAGCUGCCACAGCUGCAACAACCAACUGGAGAUUUCAGCUGUAGAGGACCUGUGCACUUGGCGAUCCAGGGUGAUAACCAUGCUGCGGAUAAUUCUUCUACUAUGAGGAACUGA